CUCACUUUGUGUAUUGUGUAUGAGAGAGAGAGAGAGAGAGAGAGCACAGAAAAGCUGUUGUCCUUUUCUGUAUGAAUCCCAUUUCUUCAGUCAUGGAAAGCAUUCUUCACAAAACAUAAAGAAAUCUUAACCAUUUUACCAAUUUGAGCUUUCAUGCACAUUUCUCACUUCAACAAAUCUUGGUUCUUAUGUAAAGAAGCUAUUUUGGGUACAAAAGAUCAUGAAAUCUUGAACCUUUUUACCAAUUUAAGUUUCAUGUAUACCAUACCAUUCCCAUUUCAUUCAAAAAAAUCUUGAAAUCAUGAAUCUUUUUUCCCUUUUGAACCCAUAAAUCCCUCUUCAAUGCCCAUUUCAUUCAACAAAUCUUGAAAUCUUGAAUCUUUUUUUUAUACCUUUUUAAACUAAACCCAUAAAUCCUUCUUUAAUCACAAUUUACACCAAUGCACAUUUCAUUCAAUAAAUUUUUAACCCUUUUGAGAUCACUCAAAAUUCCAUUUUAGCUUCAUGCACACAAUUCCCAUUUCCUUAACCCCCCCUUUUGGCCUUUUGUAAACCCCCCCUUUAAGCUUCAUGUUUUUCAUUCAACAAAUCUUGACCUCUUCUAACCCUCAAAUCCUUUAAAAACCUUCAUGUAGCAAGCACCCAAUACCUACACCAUUCAACAAAUCUUGAAUCUUUUACACCCAUAAACCCUUCUCUCAAAAAAAAAAAAAAUUUUUUUUUUUUUUUUUUUGCAGUUUUUUCUUGUAUCCCUAAAAAGCCCCUAACUUUACCCCACCCCACUUCAAAAACCAAGGGUAAAAAGGUACUAAUCUUCUUACCCAAACAACCACCCCAAACAAGAACACUCAAAAUCUUGUUACUUGUGUCUACCAUUGCAAACUCCACAGCUCAUCUUGCUUCAUCAUCACCAUCACAUGGACCAAAAACUUAAUGGGCCAGAGUCUUUUUGUCCAAAUCAAUGAUCCCACCAACAACUCUUUCUCAAAACAUGAAAUCAAAUCAAACUUAUUCACCAAAAGAAAAGGGUCCAAAACCCUCCAAACAGGCCCUAUUUCCACCGACAUUUUAUGGGAUCUUUCAUCUGCAAAAUACGGAUCUUCUUCACCCGAACCCAUUGAAGGAUUCUAUCUUGCAGUCACAAUCAAUCAAGAACUGAUCUUGGUGUUAGGAGAUAUGGAUCAAGAAGUGUACAAAAAGAUGAAUUGUUCAAUAACUUGUUCACCAAACUCUGUUUUUGUGUCGAAAACAGAGCAUGUGUUUGGUAAGAAAGUGUAUGCAACAAGUGCUCAGUUUUGUGGGAAGGGUCAGGUUCAUGAGAUCUUGAUUGAGUGUGAUCAAGUUGGUAGUGAUGAUCCGUUUCUUUCGAUCCGAAUUGACGGCAAAAUGGUGAUGAAAGUUAAGAGGCUGCAAUGGAAGUUUAGAGGGAAUUAUACUGUUUUGGUUGAUGGGUUGCCUGUUGAAGUUUAUUGGGAUGUUUAUAGUUGGUUUUUUGGGAAGGUGAUGGGGAAUGCAGUGUUUUUGUUUCAAACUUGUCUUUCGGCGGAGAGAUUGUGGGGUUCGGGUCAACCCGCGAUGAGUUGGUCGGGUCCUGUAGGUAAGGAUGUUGGGCAGUCGGGGCUCGGGUUUUCGUUGGUUGUGUUUGCGUGGAAAAAUGAGUAGAGAAUUGAGAGAACCGGAUCGUAGUGGAAAAACAAAAACAAAAACAAAAACGCAGUUGGAAUAAUGGAUAAUAUGGUUCGGUUAUGGUUUGGUUUAAGGUGGUUUAAGGUGUUAAUCGUUUCUGGCUGAACUGAAUCGUGCUCACCCCUUUUAAGAUUUUUAAUAAUUUCUAGUAGUUAUUGGAAACAUUUAUUUGUAUUUUUUUUUGUUUUAUUCUUGGUUUCUUUUUAUUGAUUGAAAAGGUUCAGGUGAUUUAUUUUUAAUUGAGGAAAAUAUUUGUA